GUUUACAAUGGCGCCCGCCAAUGCGGCGGCGACGGCGGCAACAGCAGUUGCAGCCGCGGCCGGAGGGCCCUCUGCGGCGCCCGGAGGCGGAGGUGGACGGUUGUUGCCACUGCCGCGGCCCGGCGACUGGAUAAAGCUAAAGAACGUGACACCACGGUUCGUACGGGGCCAGCUUCAGCUGUCAUUCUGCGACAAGAGCCACAUUGUUGCUCGUGCGGAGAAGGACAGCACGAAAGACAGAAAGGCCUACGAGGCGCGGAUGACAGGGGGGCCACGUGGACCGCCAUGCCUCAACACCUUUGCGCCCACAGAUGAAGCGCAGCUGCUGGCACGCCCUUGCUACGAAUGGCAGGAGCUGCCUCUGCGCACACUGCGUCAGGUGUUGAUGCAGCAGGAUACCUGCGACUGCACCCCCGCCCGAGUCAUGGCGCGCGUGGUCGCGUUCAUGUCACCACAGCCGUCCUCGCCGCCUGCUGCCGGCGCAGAUGCCACCAGCCCGGGGCGUGCCGAAGCUCCCGCCUGUCCUCAGGCCGGAGGCAGCCGCAACAACCAGCCGCCUGCUUUUGGGCUAGUGCUCCAAGACGCGACGGCCUCCCUACGCGUAGAGCUGGCAGGCCUUUCCGCAGCCUUCUUCUGUGGCUUAUCGCAAGGCGGCUGCUCCAGCAGCAGUGGAGGUGGGGUGGUGACUCGCGCUCGGGCGGCCAAGGCGGCGCGGCAGAGCCAGCCGCCACCGGAGCCGCAGUCGCAGGUGGAGGAGUGCGAGGAGCAGCGGCUGCUCGCAGUGCUCCGGCGCCUGGCGGACCAGGGGCGCCCCGGCGGCAGCUGGAUCGAGUGCGUGCUGCGCCCCCUCUACGCCCGCCGCGACAACCCCUGGCAGACCACCCUGUACAGCCUGGAGCACACCGUGUUGCAGCAGCCGCUACCACCUCCCCGACUAGGCGGCCCUGCAGCCCCUGCUUGAUGCAGCUGCUUCAGGAGCUGCCCAUGCGGCGACCUGAACGCCUGGCCCCUAAGUGCACAGGGGCCUCGGCCCCAUGUCUUCAUGUGUCUUGGUGGAAGCACCGACCUAACGAUGCCUGCUGGUCCGUGUCCCUAGGUUCUACCCCUAGGGAGCUGCAGAGAAUGUUUGAUUGGCGCCCGCUAGAUUUGGUGGCAGGGAGUUGGGUUUGAGGUUCCCAUGCAUGCUGGUGUACAGCACUCGGGUACUUUCCGUGAUUAAAAUACAGGAGGAAAAGACACGUGUGCACCUGUGAUCAUGAAUGCUAAACAAUCAAUGGCAUCAACAACAAAUCCAAGAAAUCACCGAAGAUAUACAUGCACCUCAUACAAUCUUUUACUUGCGCCUGAACUGCCGACCUAGUUUGACAGCUAGACUAGGGUGCUGGUACUCUACCUUCCUACAACGGUCAUGUGCCUACGGCUGCGAAGGUUUGGCUACUCACGCCUAGAGCCUAUUGUCCAGAACCAAAACGAGUGCGAAACAUGAUCCAACAGGUAAUAACCGCGUCGUCGACAACUACCUCUGUCCAUCCC